UAAGCCGCCUUUCCACCGGGGCGGAAAAUAGAAUCGUCGCAAUCGGUUAGCCAGCUACGGCAGGACACGCAAACCGGUCAUUCAUACUGCGAAAGUCGCUGUCUUCGGUACGGAAUUUUUAGUAGUUGUCUCUUCCCUAUCCAGGACCGUCAAACGUCUUGGAUACUCGCAUUUUCUUUUCUAUAGGAAAAACGUGCAGAAAACGUAAAAAACAACAGUUCUUAGCUGAAUGUGUGAUUUAAAAAUGUGUUAGUAAAAAGUGAAAAACCAAUUAUAAUUCUAAUUUCCUUCCGUGCGUGUUUGACACCCCUGCAUUAGAUUACGGCAAGUGCUGCGCAGAGCGAUCUGUCAAAUCGGAUCAAGCAAGUGUUGUUGUUGUUUCUGUUGCACUCUUUAUGUAAAUUCAAUCCGCUUCAAUCAAACCAACCCCGUCGCCGUAAAUCCGAUCGGAAAAUUUACCACAAUCAAAGCAAACACUAACUUCCCGUCUGGUUAGAGUCAUCACUCACCGGUCCACAACAUCCGCGUAGCGCGCUCGGUAUGGCCUGACACCGAGAUCGACAAGUUCCCGUUUCACUCGCCGCAGCCCUUGCUGAUGCUGCAUACGGACGCGAUGCAGCAUUAGACACGCACUCCCCUUAAAUCUUCUACCGGCAAGCAGGCAAUCGUUUUCAUAGCACAAGCACGACUCAAACGGCUCGCUUUCUUCCAGUGUAACCCCAUCAGCCACCGUUUACUGGCUUCACUGGGAUGGGAUACGCGCGAAGGAAUGUGGUCCUGUUUCUGCUUGCACUGAGUAUCAGCGUGCCGGAACUUGCGCUGCUAGUGGCAGGCCGCAUCGUCGGUGAUAAUGUUGCCAGUACGAACGUGCUGUACACCGACCUACCACCACUACUGUCGCAGGGUGCCGAUCAAACGACACCGAUGCAUACGGCCGUAGGUGAACCACCGAUGCCGGAGAGCGUUGGGCCUCAUCUUAGCAACCUUCCGCCGACCGUUGACCAUCAGCCGUCAGGUGGUGAGAGCAAUGGGGCUACGGAGUCAUCUGCCACCGUACCGAUGGCAUCGAGCAGUUCGCCCGUCUCCUCUUCGCUACCGAUCGGUGGCGUUACGGUUAGCUUAAGCGGCGGUUCGUCCACCAGUACCAGCAGCGUAAUUACGGCAACAACCUCAUCUACCGUGCCACCGACCACAGCUACCAGCAGUACGUCCAGCAGCACCAGCAGCAGCACGACACAAUCGUCGUCCACAGCAGCAACGUCGCCCGGUACAACGAACGGCGUGGGCGUUGCCCCGGUGGUCGCUUCAACGUCCAGCAAUGCACGUGCCACCGCCGUCCCAGCCACACCGUCGAUCGAAUGUUACCAUGCGCAGCCGGACCUGUGCGCAGAACGUAAGGCUAACGAUUGCGAGUGUAGCGUGGAUCCGCUCAUACCAGCCGCCCUCUACUGCUGCAACGUAACCGACAUCAAUAAGGCGAUCGGUUGCGUGACGAACGCACCGGAAACGGCCACCUGGAAGUAUCUGCACAUGCGUAACGUGACCGUGCGCGAGCUAGCCCUGAACGUGUCGAACCGGUACAUCAAAACGCUUCUUUCGCUCGCCAUUACCGACGGUACGAUACAGCGCAUCAGUACGUCCUUUGCACGGUUCUCGUCCCCGGUGUGUUUGAACAUGUCGAACAACAACAUCAGCGAGAUUGAGCCGCGCGCCUUUCGCGAACUGCGCAACCUUACCAUGCUCGAUCUGUCGUACAACAAUCUGUCCACCAUACCGUCCACGAACGGGAAGUUUCGGCUCGAUAUACGAGGUAAUGUGGGGAUGCUGUGCAAAUCGCUGCUCGAAUCGCUGAAGAGUGGCGUUAAGUUUAAGGAUCCGGAAUCGACCUUCUGCCUAACGAACCGCACCUUUAACUGGUUCAACUCCACGGACAGUUUGCCGCUGCAUCAGCUCGAAACGAUACAGCGCGUGCAGGACGAAUGUCCGGAGAACUGUACCUGCGAGCUGGACCGGUUAAACUUCGAUCUGAACAAUACGGAGCGGAAAACGAUCACGACGCGUGUGGCGUGUACCGGGCUCGGGUUGACUAAGUUUCCCGAUCGGUUGCCGGCCGGCACGGUAACGCUCAACAUCUCGAACAACAAUAUUACCAGUCUCGAGGCGUUAAAUACGGCCCCGUACCAAUCGCUGCUCCGGUUGCACGCCGACGACAAUCAAAUAAGCUCGCUGAGCGAUCUGGAAGGGAUGGACUUCAUUUCCCGCUUUACGCUGUUCUCGAUCCGGCGCAACAAGCUGAAAACCGUCCAAUCGUACAUCUUCACCAAAUCGCUCGAUCUCGGCUCGUACAUCUUUCUCGAGGGCAAUCCGAUGACGUGCGACUGUAACGCGGCGAAAGGGUUCAAAAACUGGCUGCUCAGCCGCAAGGCGCAGGUGCCCGACCACGAGAACAUCUUCUGCGAGGGCAACACGAACCUGCCGCAGCUGGUUACGAUACAGGAGAGCAAGCUCUGCCAGUCGCAGCACGACUGGACCGACUACAUCUACUAUCUGAUUGCGACCGAAAUUAUGCUGCUGGUCGCGCUCGUCUGCAAGGUGUCGUACGAUUAUUGGGUGUUUAAGACCGCCGGCUAUCUGCCCUGGCCGGCAAACAAAAUGCCCAAACUACCGUGCGAUUGUCUGUGCGAAUAAUGCGUGCGUGGGUGUGUGUGUGUGUGUGCCAACUGUAACAAAACACAAGCAAAGCAUGAAGAUGAGAUCCCAUUUUUAAAUGUCCACCCUUUACAAUCUAUCUCUCUCUCUCUCUUUCUCACUUUCAUUGUGUCUCUCAUCAACUGUGAUAGUUAAAACGAAACAAAAACGAAAAGGAUUUCUGUAUCGCGAUACCUAUACCCUCCCAUAUUUUAUUAAUUCCCACUCGGUGUGUUAGUAGUGUACAUCGAUUGGUUGUAUUGAGGGGAAGAAAAGAAGAAGAAAAUCAUAUCCGUCUUUUAAGAGAAAUAAACUUAAAUCGAUAUAUUUUAUCAGGAA